AAAUCAAACACGCUUCUUUACUCGUAGCAAGUAGACUACAGACGCGAGGAAAAACCAAAAAAAAAAAAAAAUUUUUUUAUUCAUGGGCACCUAUAUUAAGUAGUUUUUUUAAAAGUGUAUUUAUUAUAAGUGGUACAAAAUGUUGAUCGAACUGAUAUUACUGGUGGUUGUACUCCUAUUGAUACACCAACGCUGGACAAAGAGGGCUAUCUACAAGUUAGGGGAACAGUUGAAUUCUGGAAUAAAGGCGUUUCCGAUCAUUGGACACAGUUAUUUGUUCGCUGGGGAUAAUAUAAGACUAUUGAAAGCAUUCCAGACUGUUGGCUUGGAUGCAUUGAAACAUGAAAAUGGCUUGUCAUCGCUGUGGUUUCUAAAUUAUUUGUAUACCAUUGUUGCUGAUGCUGAAGCAGCAGACGUAAUCUUAAAAAACAUUUCGGAAAAAGACGACCUCGUUAGAUUGGCUUCAGUUUUUAUUGGCAAUGGUUCUAUAUACGCUCCAGUGCCCAUUUGGCGUCCGCGUCGCAAAGUUUUAAUACCGAUGUUCAGUAUGAAGAAUUUAAAAUAUUUCACUACUAUAUUUGCAAGUGAAAGCCAAAUCUUGAUUGAGGAAAUGGGAAAAACAGUUAAAAAUGGUGAACCAUUUCCAGCAUUUAAAUACAUUUCUGCUUAUACGAUGGAUUCUAUUGCACAAACAGCGAUGGCUCAUAAAAUGAAUGCCCAACAAAGUUCUGAUCACUUUUUCUUGAAGGGAUUCGAUAUGGGUCUCAAUAGCGUAUCAGAGCGCAUUUGUCAGCCAUGGUUACACAGUGAUUCGAUAUACAAGAAUCUUCCUCGGUUCUCAAUGCUGAUGAAACACAAGAAGUAUAUAUGGGACUUUAUGCUUGAGUUGAUAAGAAAUAAACGAAAGGAACUUCAAGAAAAUUCAAACAAGGAACAAGACGAAAAUAAUGGCCGUACAACGUUUAUGGAGAGUCUUAUAAGAUUGUCCGGAGGCAACGACGGGUACACGGAUGAUGAAAUAGUAGAGGAACUGCUGGUGAUCCUGGUGGCUGGCACUGACACCUCGGCAGUCGCAGCUUCCUUCGUGUCUGUGCUGCUCUCCCGAUAUCCCGAAAUACAGGAGAAAGUUUAUGAAGAGUUACAAGAAGUAUUUGGAGACUCAGACAGGCCGACUACCUUCGAGGACCUGCCUCGGCUGAAGUACCUUGAGGCAGUGAUCAAGGAAACACAACGGUUGUACACAACCUCACCGAUAGUAACUAGAAAAGUGGAAAAAGAACUUCAGUUACCCUGUGGCAUCAAACUGGUCCCCGGCACUGGUAUCAUAAUCAACAUCUGGGCUUUGCACCGCAACCCUCGCUACUGGGGAGACGACGCGGAGCAGUUCCGACCUGAACGGUUCCUUGACCUGGAACUUAAGCAUCCAGCUGCCUUCAUGCCAUUCAGUUAUGGACCUAGGAACUGUGUUGGUUAUCAGUAUGCUAUGAUGUCGAUGAAGACUAUGUUAUCUACGUUGCUAAGAAGAUACAAGAUCCUGCCUGCAACAAAACCUAAUAGCAAUGCUGAGUUCCCACCACUGCGCCUCAAGUUCGACCUUAUGAUGAAAGACGCAGAUGGUUUCCAAAUAUGUGUCGAGCCUAGAUCGAAACGAGCGUAAAUAAGUUAUUUUUAGAUUUAUUUAGUUAAUAAAAAUUUCUACUUUUGUGGUUA